AUGGCGGCCCAUCGCUCAGGCCCGCUUAAGCAGCAGAAUAAAGCGCAUAAAGGCGGGCGGCAUCGGGGUCGAGGGUCCGCGCAGCGAGACGGCAAGGGCCGUCUAGCACCGAAAACCCUCAGCAAGAAGGUGAGAAAAGAUCUCAGCAGGGUGGACCAGAGGCAUCGCGCCAGCCAGCUCCGAAAGCAGAAGAAGGAGGCGGUUUUGGCAGAAAAGAGACAGCUUGGCAGCAAGGAUGGCCCUCCUCAUCAGGUACUGGUGGUGCCCUUGCACGACAGGAUUUCCCUGCCAGAGGCCUUUCGGCUGCUUCAGGAUAGGGACACUGGAACUGUACACUUGAAUGAACGGGGAAGCACCCAUAGCUUUAUGCUGUUAUGCCCCCGCUUGAAACAUCGGUGGUUUUUCACAUCGGCAAGGCCAGGGGAUCUGCACACUGUGCUAGACAUGGCUAAAGUGGCUGAUACCAUCCUGUUCCUCCUUGAUCCACUAGAAGGCUGGGAUAGCAUCGGGGAUUACUGCCUUUCUUGCCUGUUUGCUCAGGGCCUUCCCACCUAUACGUUAGCUGUUCAAGGGAUUUCUAGCCUCCCGCUGAAGAAACAAAUAGAUGCCAGAAGAAAGCUAAGUAAAGCAGUGGAGAAGCGCUUUCCUGAGGACAAACUCCUCCUGUUAGAUACUCAGCAGGAGGCAGGGAUGCUGCUCAGGCAGUUGGCUAACCAAAAGCAACGGCAUCUUGCCUUUCGAGAUCGGCGUGCCUAUCUAUUUGCUCAUGCUGCUGACUUUGUGCCUAGUGAAGAGAAUGACUUGAUGGGCACCUUGAAGAUCUCAGGCUAUGUUCGUGGGCAGGCUCUGAAUGUAAAUAGCGUGCUGCAUAUCAUUGGACAUGGUGAUUUCCAGAUGAAGCAGAUAGAUGCCCCCGUGGACCCUUUCCCUUUAAAUCUGAGAGUGAUCAGAUCCUCAAAGGACUCAGGCACGGCAAUGGAGAUUUGUUCUGCAGAUGCUGUAGCUGAUAUGGAGGAAGACCUGAAGGUUCUAAUGAAGGCAGACCCUGAUAGACAAGCAUCUUUGCAAACAGAGGUUAUCCCAGACCCAAUGGAGGGGGAGCAGACCUGGCCCACAGAAGAGGAGCUGAGCGAGGCACAUGACUUACUGAAGGAAAGUUCCAAGGUUGUAAAGAAGGUUCCCAAGGGAACAUCCAGUUAUCAAGCUGAAUGGAUUCUGGAUGAGGAUGGUGAAAGUGGUGGGGAAGGAGAUGAGUACGAUGAUACAGAACACGAGAAUUUUAUGGAAGAGGAAUCUCAGGACGAGGGUAGUGAAGAGGAAGAAGAGGAGGAAUGUGAAACUAUGACUAUAGGAGAGUCUGUACGUGAUGAUCUGUAUGAUGAGAAAGUGGAUGAAGAGGCUGAGGAAAAAAUGCUGGAGAAAUACAAACAAGAAAGACUGGAAGAGAUGUUCCCAGAUGAAGUAGAUACCCCCCGUGAUGUGGCUGCUAGAAUUCGAUUUCAGAAAUACAGAGGCCUUAAGAGCUUCCGGACAUCUCCUUGGGAUCCUAAGGAAAACCUCCCUCGAGAUUAUGCUCGGAUCUUUCAGUUUCAGAACUUUAUUAAUACCCGGAGACGCAUCUUUAAAGAGAUUGAAGAAGAAGUUGAAGGAGCUGAGGUUGGCUGGUAUGUCACACUUCAUGUCUCUGAAGUCCCUGUCUCAGUGGUUGAGCACUUCAAGCGAGGCACACCCUUGAUUGCAUUUUCGUUACUACCUCAUGAACAGAAGAUGUCAGUACUUAAUAUGGUGGUGAGCCGGCACCCUGGCAACACUGAACCUGUGAAAGCUAAAGAGGAGCUGAUCUUCCACUGUGGAUUCAGGCGCUUCCGAGCCUCACCUUUAUUCUCUCAGCACACUGCAGCGGAUAAACAUAAACUUCAGAGGUUCCUGACUGCAGACACAGCCCUGGUGGUCACGGUAUAUGCCCCGAUCACUUUUCCUCCUGCGUCUGUGCUGCUUUUCAAACAGAACAGCAAUGGAAUGCACAGCCUCAUUGCCACAGGCCAUCUCUUGUCAGUGGAUCCAGACAGGAUGGUCAUCAAGAGAGUUGUUCUGAGUGGUCAUCCUUUCAAAAUUUUUACUAAGACGGCAGUGGUGCGUUACAUGUUUUUCAACAGAGAGGAUGUACUGUGGUUUAAACCUGUGGAACUGAGAACAAAAUGGGGCCGCAGGGGCCACAUCAAGGAGCCUUUAGGUACUCACGGUCACAUGAAGUGCACUUUUGAUGGGAAGCUAAAAUCUCAGGACACAGUACUGAUGAAUCUUUAUAAGAGAGUUUUCCCCAAGUGGACUUAUGAUCCAUAUGUACCAGAACCAGUCCCCUGGGUGAAAAGUGAGAUUUCUUCAGCAGUGCCUGAAAUGGACAUGGAGUAA